CAGUACCGAAGUUCUUACACACAGUUCAAAGCUGGGGGUUUGAGCUGGCGACCCCGCGCCGCAGUCCCUCUCGGUGGCGAACUGCUGAAUUCCACUCUCCCACGUCGAGGCCCCUCCCUCCCGGGGCCCUGCACCCGAUAGCCGGUACGGCUCGACAUUAAGAUUGAGUAGGGUCCGAAACGGGACCAGAUUUCCCAGUCCCCAUGGCAUUCGCCAUGCUGCGCCCAGUGGCUGCCCACGUGCUGUACCCCGACCUCAGCCUGCUAAGUGAGGAUGAGGAGAACAGGAGCGAGAGCGAUGCUUCGGACCAGUCAUACGGUGGCUACGAAGGACUGGAACCGGCUCGGCGGCGGGCCGGGAGUGGGGCCGGGGGCGGUGGCGGCCGCCGAGCCGGGGCCGGGGGCGGCGUUGGAGGUGGCGGGGGACCAGUGGUUGUAGUGAAGCAGAGACAAGCGGCUAACGCGCGGGAAAGGGACCGUACCCAGAGUGUCAACACGGCCUUCACGGCGCUGCGCACACUCAUCCCCACCGAGCCCGUGGAUCGCAAGCUGUCCAAGAUCGAGACCUUGCGAUUAGCUUCCAGCUAUAUCUCCCACCUGGCCAACGUAUUGCUGCUGGGCGAGGGCUGCGACGACGGGCAGCCGUGUUUCCGCGCCGUCUGCGGACCCAAGGGCGAGCGCAGCGCGUCUGGGAGCGGUGGUGGAGAUACUAGACAGCAGCCCCGAACUAUCUGUACUUUCUGCCUCAGUAAUCAGCGCAAGGCGGGCAGUCGACGGGACCUUGGCGGCAGCUGUCUGAAGGCGAGAGGGGCAGCCCCACUUCGGGUGCCAAGGAGAUGAUCCUGGAGUCCCUCCCUGAUGUGUUCAUUCCACAUGGUGGUCCCAGAAUCCUGGAGAGAGGGUCGAAGGACAGGGCAGGGGAGGAAAGGGGCCUAGCUGGCCUGUGCUGGGCAGACCAGGAGGAGACUAAGGGUCCCAGAGCUACCCCACCUGUGUAAGCUAAGAGACUGGCUGGGGAUGUUAGUGCUUGGGCUGGGGGAAAGGCUGGAUCUCCUCCUCCUAGGGUCUCAAGGCUGUGGUCCAACUCUGAGAGAGUCCUGACUCCACCAGUCCUCACUGGUCAGAGACAUUGCAGAAUUCAAAGAAUUAAGUCUAUUGGUGUGUGUGCAUGUGUGCGUCAGUGUGUAUAUGUGUGUGUGUG